AUUACACGUUACAAUAUUUUCAUCAAAAAAGCCAUACCUGAUCGGCUUCUUCCCUCCCUUUCCUUCCCUCCUUUCAUCUUUGAUGUUCUUCCCAACUCUUUUUUUUUUUCCAAUCCAUAUCCAACGAUCUAGCUAAUCAUUUGAUUUUCUGGUUUUGUUCUGGUUUGCAUGAUUUUGCAUGCAUUUGUUAGGGGGGGUUACAGGUAUAUAUAUAGGUUAGAAGAAUAACUCAUCAGCAACAAAUGAGCUUUGUUGUUGUUGUUUACUUCUCAGUGGCUGGAAAGAUCAUCAUUCAAGGAGGAGGCUGAGGAGGAGGAGGAGGAGGAGGAAGAGGAGGAGGUUUCUUUUUAAAAAGGAUGGCCGGAGGGCGUUCGGGCAGGGAUCUGAAUGCCACACCAACAUGGGCUGUUGCAUUAGUCUCUGCUGUUAUCAUUCUCAUCUCUAUUAUUCUUGAGAAAGUUCUUCAUGGUAUUGGCCAGACGUUUGAGCGAAAACGGAAAAAAGCUUUGGUUGAUGCUCUGGAGAAGAUUAAAGGAGAGCUUAUGGUUCUGGGAUUUAUUUCCCUGCUUUUGACAUUUGGCCAGAACUACAUUGCCCAGAUUUGCAUACCAGAUCAUGUCGCAAACACUAUGUUACCCUGUCCUUUACCCCCGGCUUUAAGGCAUGGGAAUAAUGCACCUCCUAUGGUUGAGGGUGAGCAUCCUCCUGCAGUUGAAGGCAAGGGUCCUCCCGAGGUUGAGGGGGAACAUUCGCCCACUGGUAAAGGUGAGGCUCCUCCCGCCACUCCUAAGGUUGAGGGAGGUGACCACCCGCCUGGCAAUCCUUCAAAGAUUGAGGGGGAACCUCCUCCAGGUGUUGCCGCUGAACCACACAGAAGGCUCCUAUAUUAUGAGCAUCGGUUUUUAGCAGCGGAUGCAAAAGCAAAAUCGUGCCAAAAGGGGCAUGUACCAGUGAUAUCUAUCAAUGGGUUGCAUCAGCUGCACAUCUUUAUAUUUUUCUUGGCAGUGCUUCACGUUGUUUUCGGUGCCAUUACAAUGAAUCUCGGUAGAUUAAAGAUUCGCGGAUGGAAAGAGUGGGAGCAUGCCGCAGCUCAGGAUGAUGAUUUAUCCAAUGAUCCGACGAGAUUUAGGCUUACUCACGAAACAUCUUUCGUCAGAGGCAACACCAGUUUCUUGGCCAAAACACCCAUCAUGUUCUACCCAAUUUGCUUUUACCGGCAAUUUUUCAGAUCAGUUCGCAAAGCUGACUACUUGACCAUGCGCCAUGGAUUCAUCUCCGUUCAUCUGGCUCCAGGAAGCAAAUUUGACUUCCAAAAAUACAUCAAGAGGUCAUUGGAAGAUGACUUUAAGGUGGUUGUCGGAAUCAGUCCACCAUUAUGGGCAUCUGCAGUGAUCUUUCUACUUCUUAAUGUACAUGGAUGGCAGAUCAUGUUAUGGCUAUCUUUGCUGCCUCUGGUGACCAUCUUAGCAGUUGGUACGAAGCUACAGGCAAUUAUUACGCAGAUGGCUGUGGAAAUCACAGAAAGACAUGCUGUAGUUCAGGGGAUACCUCUGGUUCAAGUCUCAGAUAGACAUUUUUGGUUUGGAAAGCCGGAUUUUAUCCUGCAUCUCCUGCAUCUGACUCUCUUCCAGAAUGCCUUUGAGAUCACGUACUUUGUUUGGAUUACGUAUGAGUAUGGAUUGCAUUCUUGCUUUCACGAGGAUCUCACAGUUUCCGUUUUGCGAUUUGUUAUCGGGUUAGUCGCCCAAGUAGUAUGCAGUUACAUCACCCUUCCCCUUUAUGCUCUAGUUACGCAGAUGGGAUCAAACAUUAAGAAAUCUGUGUUUGAUGACCAAACCAACAAGGCAUUGUCGAAAUGGACAAUGACAGCAAAAAAGAAACGACCUAUGAAGAUAAGUGCGCCUAAAGUUCGGAAGAUGGGAGAUGGAGGGGGCAGCCCUGGCGGAUCAGGAGGUAGUUCUCCUAGGCAAUCUGUAGAAGCACGGGUGGAAAUGACCGGUAUCAGUUCAGGAAAUGCAGCAGCCAACAUCACUGCCAGCAUCGACAUUCCUGAUGAAACUCAUCCUCAUCACAAUCCUGCUGCCGCUCCCAAUAAUAAUCCUUCCUCAAACUCUAGAAAUGUUCAGUUCCCUGACUUGCUGACAGGCCCAUGAUUUGAGUUGCUUCAACCAUAAGAAAUCGUUGACAUAGUGAGUGAAAGAAUUUAAUGGGGGCAUGUUUUAUCUCUUAGACCCCACAUGAGAAAUAGUAGAAACAUAGACCCUCAUUCUUUCAUUGUUAAGGGGUUGCUUAGCUGUUUUGUAAUGUAUAGAUUUGAAUGACCAAAUGUACUCUUACUCAACCCCAUUCAUCUUCUCAUCAGAUGUUGCCGAAUUAUCUAGGGAAAAGUUGUUCAUUAGGAGCAUGAAUCAUCAAGGACUGCAUUUUAUGCAAUGAAGAAAAUUAUUUGCUUUUUUUUU